GCCCCGAGCUCCCCCCACCCCCGACCUGGCAGGGGGGCCCCGGCCUCGGUGCGCGUUCCGCGGCCGCUGCGCCCACCCGCCUCGCCCCCAGUCCUGUUCUGUUCCUCACACGCCCUCUGGACGCCUACCUCUCCCCACACCCCCGCACCCCGCUGUUCUCGGUACCCCACUGGCAGACACCCCGGCGGCAGCGCAUCGAGGCCUGCUACCCCCCCCCAACACCGGCGGGCCCUGCUCUGGUCAGGGGGGGCCAGGGCUGUCGUUGGUCACAGAUGGUGUGGGGAUUUCCUGGGAUAGAAAUAGCCCCCGACUCUGGCCCCUUAAAGCUGCUUAAGGGGCGGAUGCGGAGGGGAGGACCUUGGCACACCCCCACACAUCCCAGGCCGCGCCCCCAGCCCCCAACGGGCUGAGCUGACCCUGCUGGGGGUGGGGGUGUGGGGGAGCCGCGGCGGCCAGCGGGCGCCUGCACGGCUCAGGAUCCCGAGGCUGACAGCCAUCCUUCCCCUGCUCCCGGAGCAGCCCCUGCCCAGGGCAGCCAGCUUGGGCCUCCCGGCUCUAUGGCCGAAAGCAGCCAGGGGGCAAAGGGGCAGUCCACAGAACCCGAAGCCAUGUCCCAUGAAAAGAGUUUCUUGGUGUCUGGGGACAGCUACCCUCCACCCAACCCUGGAUAUCCUGGGGGUCCCCAGGCCCCCAUGCCUCCCUAUGCUCAGCCUCCCUACCCUGGGGCCCCCUACCCACAGCCCUCUUUCCAGCCCUCCCCCUAUGGUCAGCCAGGGUACCCCCACGGCCCCAGCCCCUACCCCCAAGGAGGCUACCCACAGGGGCCCUACCCCCAAGGGGGCUACCCACAGGGGCCCUACCCCCAAGGGGGCUACCCACAGGGGCCGUAUCCGCAGAGCCCCUUUCCCCCCAACCCUUAUGGACAGCCACAGGCCUUCCCAGCACAAGACCCAGACUCACCCCAGCACGGGAACUACCAGGAGGAGGGACCCCCGUCCUACUACGACAACCAAGACUUCCCCGCGGCCAACUGGGACGACAAGAGCAUCCGGCAGGCCUUCAUUCGCAAGGUGUUCCUGGUGCUGACCCUGCAGCUGUCGGUGACCUUGUCCACGGUGGCCGUGUUCACUUUCGUCGGCAACGUGAAGAGCUUCGUCCGCGAGAACGUCUGGACCUACUAUGUCUCCUACGCCGUCUUCUUCGUCUCUCUCAUCGUCCUCAGCUGUUGUGGCGAUUUCCGGAGAAAACACCCCUGGAACCUCGUUGCCCUGUCGAUCCUGACCAUCAGCCUGUCCUACAUGGUGGGCAUGAUCGCCAGCUUCUACAACACGGAGGCGGUCAUCAUGGCUGUGGGCAUCACCACAGCCGUGUGCUUCACGGUGGUCAUCUUCUCCAUGCAGACCCGCUACGACUUCACCUCGUGCAUGGGGGUGCUCCUGGUGAGCAUGGUGGUGCUCUUCAUCUUCACCAUCCUCUGCAUCUUCAUCCGGAACCGCAUCCUGGAGAUCGUGUACGCCUCGCUGGGCGCCCUGCUCUUCACCUGCUUCCUGGCAGUGGACACUCAGUUGCUGCUGGGGAACAAGCAGCUGUCCCUGAGCCCAGAGGAGUACGUGUUUGCAGCCCUGAACCUGUACACAGACAUCAUCAACAUCUUCCUGUACAUCCUCACCAUCAUCGGCCGUGCCAAGGAGUAGCCUGAGCCGCCAGCUGUCCACGCGCUGCUCGAGGGGCCUGGCGGACUGGACCCUGCCCCUGGCAUGGCGGUGCCAUCUGUACUUCCCCUCUCUUUGGUCCCGGGCUGAGGGAGCCCCUCCCAGCACUCCUGUCCGUACACUGCACAUACUCCGUUUGGACUGCUCUGGCCACAGCAUGGCCCCUCCAGCCUCCCCCUCCCACCAGGGGCUCCGGGGCUGCGUGUCCGAGCCUUUCCCGUCUACUUGUUGCAUGAAGCCCGUCUGCCAGCCCACUCCAGGGUCUGGGGGGGCAACACCAGGUCCCUGGGGAGAGGGAUCGAGCCAAGAGGUGAGGGUGCACGUCUCCCCUCCUGUCCCAGCUCCCCAGCCCAGCAUAGAGUCCCCCCUUCCCCACCCCACCCUCGAGUGCUGCUCUACCUGGGGAUGUGUGGGGCGGGGUCUGACCCUCGUGCUGAGCCCUGAGGGCGGAGGACGGCAUGUCUCGGGGGAGGAAGCCUUCCUGCCAUCCUGCUGUCACUAAAAUCCCAAUAAAUGGACCUUCUGCUCUC